AUGGAGAGCGUGGACGCAGCGCUGCGCUACCUGCAGCGGCAGUUUGCGAGCGUUGCUAGUGACGAGACACACUGGAAUGAGGAGCGCCAGAAGUUGCAGGCGCAGGUACGCGAGCUUGAGGAUCAACGAAGCGAGCAGGAACAGGCCUACAAGGAUGCAAUGCUACGCGUCAAGAUGCUCGAGUUCGCAUUGAGACAGGAACGUGGCCGCUACUUGGCGUCUCCGGCUGCAGUUUCUAGCACGGGAGGAUCCUCUACCAAACCAAGCACCGAAAGUACUGAGAUCUCGCGCGGCGUGACGGUCACGCGCUCCAAGUCUGGACGCACCAUCGAGCAGCCAUCACCCGCGCCGUCGCCCGCCGGCAGCCCCAGGGCUUACAACAUUGGUAGAACAGAUAUCAAGAACAAGAGCGCAUCCAGCACCCCCAAGAACUCACAGGGUAAGGGCAUGGAAAUCUCGCGGCCGCGCAUGAUGUCCAGGACGGCGUCGGGACGAGAACCCGAGCGCGAGACGAACAGGACUGUGUCCGGACGGGAAGUGGAGCGUGAGAUGAAUAGGUCAGCGUCAGGAUCAGGACGUGAGGUGGAACGCGAGAUGAACAGAUCAGCCUCGGGAUCCGGACGGGAGGUGGAACGCGUUGAGCGUACUAUUGAGACGACGAAGUCGUUGAAGCCAGCAGUGAUCCCGGUUGCACCCAAAGGGUCCUAUCGAGCACACAAGUUGAAGCUGAAGCUGUCAGGGCACAUGGAUGGAGUGCGAGCGCUUGCAUUCCACCCAACGGAGCCGUUGUUGGUGUCGGGUAGUGAGGACUGUACAGUGAAGGUGUGGAAUUUGUCCAGUGUCGCUAAUGGUCCUCCAUCGCAGCGAGCAACCGAGGUGGACUCGCUUGUGACUAUGCGGACGCACACAAAGAGCGUAUUGGCUUUGGCUGUGUUUAGCGCGGAAAACUCCGAUUGUCCACCUGGCCGAGCAGGAUCAUUCGUAUCGGCGGGUCGCGAUGGAGCGCUGCACCUAUUCCAGUUGCCGGGCACAGAAACGGAUAAGCCCGAGCCAUACACGUACCAGGAGUAUGAGGGCAUGAAAAUGCAUUCGAUUAAGGAUGCUCACGACGAUGCAAUCUGGGACCUUCACGCACACCCCCUUUCAAACACGUUAUUCUCGGCUGGGGCUGACGGCGCUGUCCGAACAUGGGGAGUUAUGUCAGAGCUUACGCUCCAGGGUGAACUUCGAUGCGCCAGCAAGACCAACACAAACGGGACCGGUCCAAACAUUAGUGGAUCUUUGAUGCCGACGUCAGUGCACGCGAUGCUUACGGAUCCGAAGACGUGUGUGGUUGGGUAUACGAAUGGAUCCAUCGCCCAGUUCGACUAUGCUACUGAGCGAGUUAUUCAGUUGACACGUGCAAUUGACGUUGACACGACGGGACGAGGAGGCCAAGUGAAUAAGCUGAAUGUGCACCCAACGAUGCCAAUCGCUAUUGCAGCUCACCAAGACCGAAAAAUUCGGUUGUACGACAUGCGAGCAGGCGAGUGCGUCGGCUCUCUUACUGCUCACCAGGAUUCUGCUACAUCGCUUUCAAUCGACGCAGCGGGGUUGUAUCUUGCUUCCGGAGGUCAUGACGGCUCGUUGCGUGUCUGGUCGGUUGGGGACAGACAUUGCGUAUUUGAGCAAACGGCACACCGGCCGAAGAUGGGCGAAGCCGUGCAUUCAGUGACUUACCACCCGUCGCGCAACUUCAUCGCGACUGGCGGAGCGGACAGUACAAUAAAGAUCUUCCAAUGAGCUGGGAAACGGCUUUAGAAGGCGAUAUCACCGCUCGAUCUCUGCUGUCGAGCGAGUCACAAUUGACCGUGUGAUGGCGAUAGCUGUGUUUUGUGCACAGCUGACUAGUGGAAUAGAACUACACAACUUGAUUCUC